AUGGCCGAAAUAGACAGCUUUAGGAAUACUGUCCUUUCUGCCAGGAGGGCAUCGAAGCCAAGCUUAGAGAAAUCAAAAGCUCUUGCUGCAGCAUUGCAUAAAACUGGGGGGAAAAAAAGUGGAUCGCAUUGGACAGAGCUUAUCUCCUUUGGACGCUGCAGUGAGGCCUUCCCCAGCUCAGAAAUGCACAUUUGCGGCGAUUGUGCAGACCAUGUCGAUCCUGCAGAAGCUGUGCUGAAAGUUCAUGGUUCAAAUCAGGAGCUCCAGAAGUCUUGGGUCUCAGCAGAUCCAAGUUCUGAUCUUUAUGCUUAUCUUUCGUAA